GUUGCUUUGGAGCCCAAUGGCACAGCUGGCAGCACAGAGCACUGGGGCAUAGGAGGUGCUGGUGGGGCUCUGGCCGUGCUUAGAGGUUCACUGCAGGGAAUAAUGUCACCCUUGUCACUUCUGCAUCUGUGCUUGCCCGGAGUUGUGCAAUGACUCAGUGGCAGGGCUGGGAAGAGAGCCCAACACUUCCGACCCUCUUUGGAAAUGCAUUUGAUUGCUGGAGCUGAGGAUGCGCUGGCAGCAAUGUACCCUUCAGCUGUGCCCUCUGUCUGUCCCCACCUCUGCAACCACAUCCUGUGCCACCCCCUGGAGGCACGCUGUCCUUCCCACCCUACAAGCAUCCUGUCCUGCUUUGUCCCCUCCAUGCCCUCCCAGCAGUGAUGAUGGAGAGAAGGAUGCUUGGUGGUGCAUUAAAGAGAGGCACCAACUGGAGCAGGUUGGGAGGACCCUUGGGCUUGCAGCCAGGGAAGGGGAAUAAAGGAGUGAGAGCAACGUCUGCUCCUCUACUAAAUCAGAUCUGGUCCCAGGUGCUGAUAUUGCAGUGCCUUCAUGCAGCAGGGUCCACAAGUGUUCCUUAUAGGCAUGUCCUGGGGAUGCUGCAGCUUUCUGCAGGGCUCAGCUCAGUGCUUAACUCACGGCAUGAAGGGCACGGAGCACCCUGCUCUCACUGCUGGAAAGUGUUGCUUUCACAACGCUCCAGCCCUGGCAGCGAACAGGGAAUCUCACAUCACACUGAUGAUGCACGGAGAAGAGGGCAUUGCAGGCCUCUCUCCCACUCAAAAAAGAUGUUUAUUCAUCUUUUCCCUCCCCCAGACUCUGGUACGUGACACAACUGCUAUUUGAACAUGAAUAGAGCUUCAGCAGCUCAGCCGGCGCAGCGUGGGGGGCUCUAUUUUUAGGCUGGAGAUGUGGAGGUGUAGCGAGGCAAUGGGGAGCAGAGGGGAAUCUCUAUCCGCAGGGAUGCGGGGGCUGGUGGAUGGAUGCAGCACGAUGACUUCCUUCCUUCCUCCAUGCUCCCCUCCUCCCUCCUGGGCAGCUGGGCUGUGCCAGGAGAUGCAGAGGAGGGCAUCAUGUCCUGUUUGUUGCUUGUUCAGACCUUAUAGAGUCAGAGAACAUUCUGAGUUUGGAAGGGAACCCAUAAGGAUCACUGGGUCAUGUUUGUUGUCCACUGUAGCUUAUUUAGGCUGUGUCUAAUCACAGAAUCACAGAAUGGCCCAAGUUGGAAGGGACCUCAAGGAUGAUGAAUCUCCAACCCCCCUGCCACACACAGGGCCACCAACCUCCACAUUUAAUACCAACCCAGGCUGCCCAGGGCCCCAUCCAACCUCCAGGGAUGGAUGGGGCAUCCACAGCCUCUCUGGGCAGCUGUUCCAGCACCUCACUGCUCUCAUAGCAAAGAAUUUGAAUCAAUACAAGACAGGUGUGCCCCAGUGAGGCAUCUGAGGUUGGUGAUGUGAUGGAGAUGUUGUGGAGCAGUGCCCUUUUGAUGGCAGGUGAGGAGGAUGCUGACCCACAGAUGGGCUGGGCACAGAGCAGUGAAGACCCUCAGCCCAUAUACUUGAGAGCCAUGGAAGUUGUGUGGAUCUCAAGCCAUUCCUUCAGGAUAACACGUUGUUUUUCUCACUCCAGUGAGGCCGGGAAGGGAGAGCUUCCAGCACAGCCAUGGAGGGCGGCGUGCAGCUCCUCAACCGCGAUGGCCACAGCAUCUCACACAACUCCAAACGCCAUUACCACGACGCCUUCGUGUGCAUGAACCGCAUGCGGCAGCGCGGGCUGCUCUGCGACAUCGUGCUGCACGUGGGCACCAAGGAGAUCAAGGCCCACAAGGUGGUGCUGGCGUCCUGCAGCCCCUACUUCCACGCCAUGUUCACAAAUGAGAUGAGUGAGAGCCGCCAGACCCAUGUGACACUGCACGACAUCGACCCACAGGCCCUGGAGCAGUUGGUGCAAUAUGCUUACACAGCAGAGAUCGUGGUGGGAGAGGGCAAUGUGCAGACACUUCUUCCUGCUGCCAGCCUGCUUCAGCUCAAUGGGGUGCGGGACGCAUGCUGCAAGUUCCUGCUCAGCCAACUCGACCCAUCCAACUGCCUGGGGAUCCGGGGCUUUGCCGACACGCACUCCUGCAGUGACCUCCUCAAGUCUGCCCACAAAUACGUCCUCCAGCACUUCGUGGAGGUGUCCAAGACAGAGGAGUUCAUGUUGCUGCCUCUUAAACAGGUGCUGGACCUCAUUUCUAGUGACAGCCUCAAUGUGCCAUCAGAGGAGGAGGUGUACCGGGCUGUGCUCAGCUGGGUCAAACAUGAUGUGGACAGCAGGAGACAGCAUGUCCCCAGGCUCAUGAAGUGCGUGAGGCUGCCCCUGCUGAGCCGGGACUUCCUGAUGAGCAACGUGGACACGGAGCUGCUGGUGCGGCACCACUCGGAAUGCAAGGACCUGCUGAUCGAAGCCCUCAAGUACCACCUCAUGCCUGAGCAGAGGGGGGUCCUCAGCAACAGCAGGACCAGGCCACGGCGCUGCGAGGGGGCCAGCACUGUGCUCUUUGCUGUGGGUGGGGGCAGCCUGUUUGCCAUCCACGGGGACUGCGAGGCUUACGACACGCGGACGGACCGCUGGCACAUGGUGGCCUCCAUGUCGACCCGCAGGGCCAGGGUGGGCGUCGCGGCCAUUGGGAACAAGCUGUACGCUGUGGGCGGUUAUGAUGGGACCUCAGAUUUGGCCACGGUGGAGUCCUACGAUCCUGUCACCAACUCCUGGCAACCGGAGGUGUCCAUGGGCACAAGGAGGAGCUGCCUGGGUGUAGCAGCACUUCAUGGGCUUCUCUACGCUGCUGGGGGAUACGAUGGGGCCUCAUGCCUGAACAGCGCAGAGCGGUACGACCCUCUGACAGGCACCUGGACAUCCAUCGCUGCCAUGAGCACCAGGAGACGCUACGUCCGGGUGGCAACGCUAGAAGGCAACCUCUAUGCUGUUGGGGGAUAUGACAGCUCAUCCCACUUAGCCACAGUAGAAAAGUAUGAGCCCCAGAUCAACACAUGGACGCCCAUUGCCAACAUGCUGAGCCGCCGGAGCAGCGCAGGGGUGGCUGUGCUGGAGGGGAUGCUCUACGUGGCUGGUGGAAAUGAUGGGACCAGCUGCCUUAACUCUGUUGAGCGUUACAACCCCAAAACCAACACGUGGGAGAGCGUGGCACCCAUGAACAUCCGCAGGAGCACCCACGACCUGGUGGCCAUGGACGGCUGGCUGUACGCGGUGGGUGGCAACGACGGCAGCUCCAGCCUGAACUCCAUCGAGAAGUACAACCCACGUACCAACAAAUGGGUGGCAGCCUCCUGCAUGUUCACCCGUCGCAGCAGCGUUGGGGUGGCCGUGCUGGAACUGCUCAACUUCCCACCUCCCUCAUCUCCCACUCUCUCCGUGUCCUCGACGAGCCUUUGACAAAGGAUCGGGACCUGCCUUACCUCCAGGGGGUCGGGGGUCCGUCCUGCGGGGCAGCCGCUCGCUGUAGGAGCAGAGCGAAGGCCUUGGCUGCCAUUCCCAGCCCCUCUGCUCCCAUGGAGCCUGGAGCCAUCCCUGGCACACGCCUCGGAUCAGCGAGCCCCAAACUGUGCUUCCUGGGGGAACCACCCUCCAUCCCUGGACUCAUCUCACCGCUCUCCCAAAGGGUUACGUGUUUUCUUUGGGGAAGGGGACCUCAAAAACCAUCGCUGCUUAUUGGAUUCAGGCAAUCCAGCCGGUGCCACGUGGGCAGCACAGCCAACCCAGGGGCUUCGCCGUGGUGGGCAGUGCUCCUCCCAGGGACGUGGUUGGAUGUGCAGCGUCCCUCCGAAUGUCACUGUAGCCAAACUCUUGACCAAGCCUAAUGUGCACUGUUAAAGACUCUGAGGCCGCCGCACGGUUCUCAAUGGUGUCUAAUUGAUGCCUUAAAAAUACACAAAUGAAGCCCAGCGAAGGGACCGGGCCUGGAGGAGGUGAAGUUUGGAGACAAAGCCUCAUUCACAUGGACCCAACCGGCCAUGGGGAGCCAUGCAAGUGGAUGGGAUGGACCUGCCUGCACCCAUCCCUGCUCCCUCCAUGCAUCCCACUGCGCCGUCUGGCUGGGAACAGAGCAGCUUGUUGCUGUUUCCCUCUUUGCAGAGCAGAUUCCAGCUUGAUGGCAAGGUCCAGCCUUCCAGACAAGGAGGAUUGCCUGGCGUUACUUUUGUUGGCGUUCACUUUUCACCUUCUUUUCUUUUUUUUUUUUUAAUUUGAACGCAAGAUUUUAAUUUUAACGACUUCAUAUCAUUUUAUUUUUACACCCUGCCGGUAUUCCCCAUCCCAUCUGCUUUGGAGGCAGCAGAAGGGAUGCAAUUACUUUUCUUAAUUGUUGAUGAGAUGAUGACUGCGUCCUGGAAGACGUUCUCUAUAGAUGUGUGGGUGUGUGUGCAUGUGUGAGAUACCAUAUGUACAGUGAAAACAGCACGGAAGGGACCGUGCGCAAUUAGCAACUCCUUGGCAAUUAGGCAACCACUUCAAAUGAAGGUUGGAAUCAAUUAGCACCGUAAAUCACAAGCCUGUCCUUCCAGACCUGUGCCAUGGAACCUCUGGGGUUGCUUAGAUUUCAGUGUGUGUGCUGUAGGGUGUGAGUCUUGGAUUGGGAGAGUGUUCCCCACGUUGGAGGGGAAUGACUCCGCCACCGGUACCUCAACAGCAUCCAGUUGUGGCCUUGGGAACAUGGUGACACUGUUUGUUUGUUUGUUUCAGGCUGAUGCCUUUCUCCUCGUUCCCACACUCCUCAUUUCCCGUUUACAGUGUUCAUAUUUUACCUGUAGGAUCGUGAUCAUAGAGUCGCUAAGGUUGGAAAGACUGCUGAGAUCAUCAAGUCCACCCCAUCUGCACAGUGAUGGCAUUUGGCCUAAAUUUUCAAUAGGGGUUCCCUGCUUUCUCCGCUCCUUGGGGUGAAAGCUGAGCUUGGGAUGAGCCAAGGACCCCCCCAGUUUAGUUCAAAUUAACCCUGACAUGGGUGAAAUGGACACAGUGUGCGUGUACAUGGGUGUGUGUGCAUGCAUGAGAGAGGUCUGGCUUCUUUUCAUACCAUCCCUGUAAGCAACACGAGGAGUGUAACGCUGCUGGACUCCUGCAGCUCCAGGAUCCUCUGCAAAGGAGAUGCUGCUGCUGAGGCCAACGAGAGGAACGGAAGAAGGGCGGUGGGAACCUUCAGCAAUGGCGAUGCUGUCCUUCCUCUGGGGAUCAGCAGCACGGGCAGCAUCACCUCUGUCACCCACCGGUUGGGUCCUGAGCAAUACCAGCCCCGAGGCUGUUCUGCAAAACAGAAACCUGGGGAGCCUCCGGCGCCCCAUGUCCUAACUAUGCAGGUGCUCGCUGCUUUCCUCUGUGGGAAACGAAGGAAGGAAAGGGAGAAAUCGUCCCCGGAGCACCCCGACCCGCACUGUGUGGACACGAGGUGUCGGCACCUGCCCCCGGGUUGACACCGGGGUCGGGAUCGCUUCUGGUGCUGCACGACCUCAGCGGGGCCGUGCGUCCGUCUGUGUCCGUCCCUUGUGUGGGGAGGAGAACCGCCAGCUCUCCGCGGCUCCUCUGCCGUCCUCACUGAGUGCUGUCUCGCCCCAAAUCGUCCCCAGAUGUGCUGUUUCCCAUGUGAGCUCCGUCCCCCUGGGCGGGGGGCUCCUGCUGUGUCCCCCAGGGGUCCCGCUGUGGCUGGCAGUGCUGACCCCAUUAUGGGCACAGCUCGCCCCUCGCCGCUGGCAGACCCGCCGUGUCCACGUCCAACCGUCGUCACUUUGGUUUCUCUGUAAGUUACCCUACUUAUUUAUGUGGAACUCCGUUUCAAGGAAUUUUUUGCACUACAUGGGACCGGGGAGGGGAUACAAGCAAUACAAAGCCAACGUGUACAAUAAAGACGUUUUCUUG